GGGACCGGGCCCGGGGGCGGGCUGUAGAGCGCCAUGGAGCGGCCCGGCGGCGGCGCGGGGGGCUGGGCUGCGCUGCUGGGCCGGCAGCAGCCGCAGGCGCGGGAGCACUGCCCGGGCGUCAACAACCGGCCCUACGUGUGCGAGAGCGGGCACUGCUGCGGGGAGAGCGGCUGCUGCACCUACUACUACGAGCUGUGGUGGUUCUGGUUGCUCUGGACCAUCCUGAUCCUGCUGAGCUGCUGCUGCGCCUACCGGCACCGCCGCGCCAAGCUCCGCCUGCAGCAGCAGCAGCGGCAGCGGGAGAUCAACCUCAUCGCCUACCACGGGGCCUGCAGCUACCCCGCCUCCAUGAUGGACCUCAGGCUCUUGGCCUCCUUCAAGCUGCCGGCCUACGAGGAGGUCGCGCGCGGCCCCGGUUCCCCGCCGCCGCCGUACAGCCCGGUGCUGGCACCGCGCAGCAGCAGCCUCAGCUCCGAGCGCUGCAGCAGCUGCUCCUGCGGCUCCAGCUGCGCCACGUCCCCCAGCAGCACGUCCCUAUCGGCACCGGCCACGGACGCCACCAGCACCCCCAGCGACGGCACCGGCACCGGCAGCACCGGCACCGCGGGCAGCUGGGAGCCCCCGCGGCUCCACGGCCUCUUCUCCUCCAGCACGGAGCUGUGCGAGGCGGAGGCGCAGCCCUGCUCCGACACCGACGAGGACGGUGCCGCGCCACGGGACCGGGGCACCGGCGGCACCGGGGAGCACUUCCGGCACCGGCGCCUCACCGGGGACUCCGGCAUCGAGGUGGGACGGUGCCAGGAGGAGGAGGAGGAGGGUGAAGGCUCCCGUCUGCUGGGCAAGGCCGGCCCCACACCCCCGCCCCCCUGCAGCGAUGGGCCCGGCUCCCCAGUGCUGCCCAUCUGAGCCCGCCCCGGUGCUGCCCCACGGCUCCCCCCGGCACGGGGCGGCGCGCCCGGGUCCUGGACUCUCCUAUGGAGCCCCCGGGGGGGCCCCUUGCCCCAUCA